AUGGGUGCUGGUCAGUCUACCGACUCUAAAGCACUUGGAACUUCUCCUGAGGAGAUGAGCCACAUUCUGGCCCGUCGUUUUGCAUCGAAAUGUUUCACUCCACUGGAACUAGCCCAUCUGAAAGAUAACUUCAACUCCCUGGCAUUGAAGCAAGGAGAUAUCCGGUACUGGAAUGAAGAAGUCUUAUCCAGGUUUUUAGGUAUACCGGACGGGAAUGGAAAGUUUGGUGAUGGGGAUCUUGAUGCUGGCCCAGUCAUUUUCCGCAUGGUCUCUUAUCUAGGAGCGUUUCCUUUUCAAAACACCCUAGCUCCUAGCGUGCUAACCUUUGAUGCUCUGGUAAAAGUGAUUGUUCUUCUGACGGACCGAUACGGCAAAGUACUACGCAGAGGAAAAAAGGACCGGAUCAAGUUGUUAUUCGGCAGCCUUGCUGAUGUAGGGAGAAAGGAAGAACUUCCUGUUCCCGACAAUGAAUCAAAAGAUAAGCCGGACAAUACCCCUAACAAAUCCGGAACCCAAUCUCAGACUGCAGGGUUCUCGAUUGAUAAGCCCUCAAAUGAUAAUGAUGAUGAGGAGGACAACGAUGACGAUGAUUUAGCUCUUGCCGCACUAGAGUCAUUGGAUGCGAUUGAAGUGUUCAAACAUGAUCAGCGCAUUGACCGGACAGUCUACGAAGCACACGUUUCAUUCGACACAUUCCAGCGGCUACUGAUGUUGCUAGUUGUGCUAGCUCCGUUACGCACCAAUGAAGAAACGUCACAAUAUUUCUCACAACUUAAUGAAGAUUCGAUGGAGGCUGCCCGUCGGUGUGUGGAGAAUAUUCUCACUUCGUUCGAUAUCGGAGACCGCAAAAGCGGGAUAGGCUAUGAGACUUUCUCCUGGGUGAUCUCGAGUUCUCUCCCAUAUAUAUUUGACCCCCUAACUCCGCUCUUUGAACAUCUUCUUUUUAGCAAAAAUCUUGAUCUAUCCCGGAGAAGGGAUUCAGGCACAUCGUCUCCUAGCGAAGAAAAAAACGCAGCACCACUAUCCUCAUUGACACCUUCGAAGCCAUCGAUAACGCUCUCUGGAUCAUUUGAAUCCUGUAUCCUGGAUUCUGCAAUUAUCUCUCAUCUCUCCUUCUUCCUUCCCACAUCAUCUCCGAUCCCCAACCUACUACAAAAUGGUACCCGCUUACACGGAGUAUUUUCAUCGGAUACUCAUGGGGAAUCACUAACGUCCUUCUCCCAUAACGUCCUCACAUGGGAUGCACCCAGCAUUAUGUUGGUAACGGGAGCUAAGAAAGACCCAUCCGGUGAUGAAACUGAGUCAAUAACUAUCGGUGCAUAUAUUCCACGGGCGUGGAAAUCAUCAACCUCGGCAUCAGCCUCCCACCAUGAUCUCUCUAACCAGUUCCAAUUACCAUACCUAUUCCAACUAAGCCCCAACCAUGUUGUUAUGCAAGGUUCUCCAUCUAUAAACUCCCUCAAAGCUAAUCGGCCCAUGGUGUCGUUUUCUACCAAGUCUGGCAUAGCCAUUGGCUGUAAAAUACCUCCACCAACUCGCACGUCAUUAAGCAGUGAUUCGAGUCGCCCCACGCCAGCCGGUGGUGGCAGCCUAUUGAUCGAUCCCGCUUUAGAAAAUGCCGAAUUUUUCAUGUCGAAUGGUUUAAGCCAUGAAGAGGGUGUGUUCCUACCUGCUGGGGCUGCCACCUGGUCACCCUCGCACUCCUCAUCUACAGCGGCCAGUGAGACGAUCCAUAUAUCAAUUUAUAACAUUGAAGUGUGGGGAAUUGUGCACACUGUGACUAUUUCCAAACAUUCUUCUUCGAAGCAUAGCCGUUCCUCAACUGCAAACGGAGCGAUACCCGAUGCCAUCAUGCGUCAGCAGGCUCAUUGGAAUUUUGAAGCCCGUGAAGCUGAAAGACGGCGAGAGAUACAUUUGAAUGUUGGCGGUGGUGAUUCUGAGGAGCAAACUGGGAGAGCCUUGCUAGAAAUGGCGGGUAUUAUCGGGAGUUCAUCACGAUACCGAUAA